CUAUACUGAAUGCUCUGAUGUUAGAAUAUGUUCCAGACCGGCGCGUCCCUUACGUGAUACCCUCGAACUGGAAGACGUUAUGGUUCAGCAACAUGGACGAGCUGCAGAGAGUGAACGACGCGAACGAUAACAACACCGUCUCGAACGUGACGGUGCAGCUGGGCGGGACCGCGUUUUUGCAUUGCAAAGUUCGUAACCAAGCGGACAGGACGGUGUCCGACACGGAGAUAUCCUGGAUACGGCGACGUGACUUCCACGUCCUCACCAGUUCCACGUUCACGUACACGAAUGACGCUCGGUUUCAAGUUCUACACCCGGAGGGCUCGGACGACUGGACCCUUCAGAUCAAGUACGUUCAGGACAGAGACAAUGGGACCUACGAGUGUCAGGUCUCGAGGAGUACAGGGAUAUUAUCACACUUUGUCAAUCUAAACAUAGUUAUACCAGAAGCAUUUAUAUUAGGGAGCGGCGAGCAUCACGUCGACGUAGGAUCCAUUAUAAAUCUCGUAUGCAUAAUAGAAAAGAGUCCAACACCGCCGCAAUAUGUUUUCUGGUUUCACAAUAAUCGAAUGAUAAAUUACGAUACGACGCGGGGCAGCGUAACCGUGCAAACCGAUCCCAGCUCGACUCAGAGCCGUUUGACGAUUCACCAAGCGGUGGAAUCGGACACAGGCAAUUAUACGUGCAGCGCCUCGAAUACCAAGCCAGCAUCGAUCUAUGUCUUUGUCACAGAAGGUGAUAAAAUGGCAGCCAUACAACGCCGUAAGACGUCGGCCGCAGAGAAGAAUUUCUGUGAAUUGCUAGUACUAAUUAUCACCACUGCGAUAGUGAUCGUUUUAACGCGAUAAGCAUUUCUCUUCGAUAUGUCCAUAAUUAUUAUACCGUUACUUCCGUUUGUGAUAGAUAGACUACUAUUCUGCGAUUUCGACCCACUAUUCGCUGUCCUUCUUUCCCUUCGACGCUAGAAACGAUUAUCGCCUGUGCAAUCACUUUUUUUUCUUUACCUCCAUCCUCCUCCCUCGUUCGUCUCCUUUACUUGAAUCUCAACGAUCAUCUCCGUAUACGUUAGAUUUUCCUUCCCCUUUACUUUCCCCAGCUGUAAUUACUUCACGUUCGCUCGACGGUUACGUCUCACCGUGUUUCCCUCGUUACAUUCUUUAUUUCCGUUUCAUCGCCGAGAUUGCCGCCGGCUGAAUCAUUUCGACAUACGAGAUUUUCAUGGUAGAUCGCCCUGCGUCCACGUCGUUAACGUGCGAUCGAAAUUAUAAAAGUAAAUCACGAUUUCUCUCUCUUUCUCCCGUGUCUUCCCGAUCUCCUUCAUCCAUCGAUUUCUGGCUGCGUCCUUCGACAGGAGUAACCGUGCAAUUUUAAACCAACUCCACUCGUCAUGACGCAUUUCGAGUGUAAGGCUGGACUCGUACUCUCCGUCCUGUCAGGGACAGUGCGAAUCCUGCAGAAUUAUUCGAAGCGAGGCGACAGUCACGCGAAACGUGCCCGAUAAAAUGAAACACUUAAUACAGUUAAGUUGAGUCCUCUAAGGACUAGAUAUAUUUCAAUAAAAGAGUAAAAUACGUUAAUAAAUAAAAUCUUAUCGUUGACGUUCGUAGUACAUUCUAUUAAUAAGUUGAUCGUAAACUUGUUUCCGACGUUUCAUUAUUAUUAAAGUAACGUGGAUGAGAAACGAAAACUGUGAUCGUGUCAAUUUUUAUAUAGCGGUGUAAACCUUUUUACGAUUACUUGUUAGGAUUAAUUUUAAGGUGGAAAAUCGUUUAGACCGGCGGCACAUCGUUUCUCGGUAGGAACCGUUUAUCAACGAGUCGACGUUGCAAUCGAAUUCUUUAGGGAAGCAAUACAAACUGUACGUCGCAUCGAUUCAUCCUCAGUCAGUCGCGUUCCCUUUGAAACAUUAUGAUUGACUCCCACGCCGAUCUUCGUUCAAACAAUACGACAUUAAUAAGACAUCAACAGGAGAAGCUUCUGUACGAGUUUGAUCGUCGGUGUUACCAAGUGUCAUUUUCAAUUUACAAUACUUCAGCGACCCACUCAUAGCAGUCUCCGGAUACAUUGACCAUCCCCAUCAAUUCUUCAAAGUGUUCCACGUUUUAUUUAUAUUUAUUUCUCUUCUCCGUCUAUUAUUAAUUGGAAUUAUGAAAUCUGGAGGCUACUGUAGUUCCAUUCUACCUUUCAUCAAUUCGAUCUACCUUUUAUAAUUUCCCUGAGUGCACAGGGUCGACAUUCCCAUACGCUUCUCCUUACAAAUAUGUAUGCGUAUGUAAUUAUUAUUAUUAAUUUCACGGUACGAAGAUUAGAAGAUGCUGGAAAUGAUUUUAUUCCUGAAAGAAGUUUACUUGAGAGAUAAUUAAGAAAACACUUGCGCACCGUCGAAUGGUUUUAUAUGCCAAUUUACUUUCUCCCCCGCAGGAGCUGUUAUAUACAUUUACCAACGUUUCGUCUGCAUUUGACAAUUAGUUCUCACCCGCGCAGAACGACGUUAUGAUACAUAUCGUGAAUUAAUAAAAUCUGAAGAGCGAAUACGGGAGAUUAAUUUGUUUCUGAAUUUAAUAAACGGAAGGGAGUAGGGCGUAUAUUGUGUUAGUCGACGAGGAACGUAAAUGCGGACGAAAAGUUAGAACAGGGAUCAAAACGACGAGUAUUAUAUUAUGUACUUAUCUAAAGAUGUAUGUGUGUAACACGACGACGGUUUGAUGAUAGCCGAGAUAAGUGAGAAACUGCCAUAUAUUAUAUAUUGUUUGACGCAGCGAGACGUCCGGGAGCUGAGCGUCUCGCGGAUUUCGAUUUUACAGCUGGUUCAAAAUAAAUCCGAGUACUAGCUAGAGACUCUGUGUAUAACUAAGUUUCUUAUUGCAAAGAUAACGAUUCCGUGCGAACAGUAGGAUCGCGCGCUUAUUGCGUGACACCCGUUCUAUCGAUUGAACACUCCGGGGCCCCCCCCGUCGCGCAGGGUGGGUGGAACAGUAAUAAAAUGAAGCGAAAUAAAAGGAGCGAAGACCACCGAAACCAUAAAUUCGAUCAUUAACUCGCACCCUUACAAAUUCAUUUAUGAAAAUACUUUUUUCUCCUCUUCUCGUUCUGUUAUUUAAAAACCCGGCUGGCAUGCAACGUUCUCGUCACGCGACGUUAAAAAGAGACUUUAAACAGCCAGUCGCUCGAUGGUAACUAUAUACUUAAUAACGUCUGAUCACGAUUUAUGAAACUAAGAUUGUACCGAGCGCAAGAGAAAGAGGUAUUGUACUCGCGUUAAAGAGAGAAAAUAAUCGGAGGGGGUCGAUUAGAUCUCGGGCGGCCUGAAUCUCGUUCAGGAUAAACAUACGAUAUAAUAAUACCAAAAGCGGAAAGAGUAAGGGAGAGAGAGAGAAAGAAAGAACGAUCGACGGCUUGAUCUCCUUCGAGAAACGAGCAAGCAAAUAAGUUUUAACGAACGGCGUAAAGUUCAGUAGCGACGAUAAGACUUUAUUACAGGAAACGAUUCGAUCACGUUCUACGCGUUUUCCGUGUAUUUACGCAUGGAUCAUCUGAGUCCAUCGAUAGUCAUAUCUUAUAUUCUGCCAUAGAAAAUCUCUGUACAAUUCCCGUCUCGUACGUACAUACACAACAUAUAUACCUACGAUAUUUUGUAAACUUGUGUUUGUUAUGUAAAAAAGAAGAUUCACGUACCAUCGAUCCGAUUUGAAUUUAUGAAACGAUUGUUUUAAUUACAUAGGCGUUUGCGUAACGAGAAGACCACCGUAGGCAUGGUGCGUACAUACGCGACGUACAUACCGUCAGACCGAGGGACGUACCCUCGUAUGUACGCAUCGUCUACUUAAUUAAGUAUUUUGAUUAAUGUUCGCCCGCCUUUUUACGAACAUUUGUGUCAUUUUACUUGGAGUUAUCCGCAGAUUCGUUGAAACCGAAUUUUAAUAAAAUCCACGAUACAAAAUAAUCCACUUCUUGGUGUCUGCUCUGUCGCAUUUUAGAUAGAAGCGUAAAGAGGACGAGGGUACAGAAGAAGCAGAAAGAAAUGAACGCCUGAACCGCUUGAGAUCUGGUGGACAAUAUUUUUUAGUGACCCGGCAUAGACAAGCACGUUAUACAUAAAUCUAUUGUAAAACGUAAAAUGAGUAUCGGCGAAAAGAAUAAUUCGACCUAAAGAAGAAUACUCUGGCAAUAUUCUCCGGAAGGAAAAAGGUGAGCUGAUCGUUUCUUUUUACUGAAAUAUACAUCACGAAACUGCCAAGUGAA